CCAAAGCCAAACCAACUAAUCUUAUCUGUGAGCUGUGACUGUAAGAGAGAGUGAGUGUUGGGGGGGGUGGUUUCAGCUUCGCCAUGGCUUUUCUCUCAAAGCCUGGUUCUGUCUUCACUGCAACACAAACACUCACUCACUUUCAACAACCAAAUCUUCAAUGCUUUCAAGUUAAACUCCCCCACAAAUGGCCCGUCAUGGCUUCUUCUUCUUCUUCCUCUGCUGCCCCUGGUGUCGACCUCAAAUCCCUUGAAUCUGCCAUUGCAAAGAAAGAUAGCACAGCUGUUAAAGAGGCACUGGAUCAGCUGAGUGAAGUUGGCUGGGCAAAACAAUGGAGUUCUCAGCCAUAUGUCUCACGCCGUACGACAUCCCUUCGUGAGCUUACUACUCUUGGAAUUAAAAAUGCUGAAAACCUCGCAAUCCCCAGUGUCAGAAAUGAUGCGGCUUUCCUUUUCACUGUGGUGGGGACAACUGGAUUCUUAGGUGUUCUUGCAGGCCAGCUUCCUGGGGAUUUUGGCUUUUUUGUGCCAUACUUGAUUGGGAGCAUCUCUUUAAUAGUUCUGGCCGUGGGAAGCAUUUCCCCUGGGCUUCUCCAAGCUGCCAUCGAUGGGUUUUCAUCAUUUUUUCCAGAUUAUCAGGACAGGAUUGCAAGACAUGAAGCGGCUCAUUUUUUAGUUGCUUAUUUGCUGGGCCUUCCUAUUUUGGGGUAUUCACUAGAUAUUGGGAAAGAGCAUGUCAAUCUCAUUGAUGAAAGGCUUGAAAAGCUUAUAUACAGUGGUCAGCUUGAUGCCAAAGAACUAGACAGGUUGGCGGUGGUGGCAAUGGCUGGACUUGCAGCAGAAGGCCUUGAAUAUGAUAAAGUGGUUGGACAAUCUGCUGAUCUUUUCACCCUACAGAGAUUUUUCAACAGAAGCAAGCCACAACUGAGCAAAGACCAGCAGCAAAAUCUUACCAGAUGGGCGGUUUUAUUUGCUGGAUCCCUACUGAAAAAUAACAAGGUGUUGUAUGAGGCCCUCAUAACGGCAAUGUCAAAUAAGGCAUCUGUAUUGGAGUGCAUUGAGGCAAUUGAGAAAGCUUCUUAAUUCCGCGGUCUAAUAUAGCCAAUAUUUACUUUGUAAGAUUUGUAUUAUAAAUGCUUCAUCACUUUUGUCACAAUUGUUCAUCAAUCAGCAACAGAAACAUCGACAUAGUUCCUUUGUAUAACGAAAAACAGUCACUUGUAUAUGUAUAUCUUUUUGAUAAUUUAAUGUCUAAGCCAUUCUUUUC